AUGCCUUACAAUAUUGCUAUGAUCAGUGAUUUCUUCUUUCCCCAACCUGGGGGAGUGGAAAGUCACAUAUAUCAACUCUCGUCAAAAUUAAUAGACAGAGGCCACAAAGUCAUCAUUGUCACUCAUGCCUACAAAGGCCGGACCGGGGUACGAUACCUUACCAAUGGACUCAAAGUCUAUCAUGUCCCUUUCUUCGUUAUCUACCGCGAAUCCACCAUGCCUACUGUCUUCUCCUUUUUUCCAAUCUUUCGCAAUAUCAUAAUACGCGAACAAAUCGAAAUCGUCCACGGACAUCAGAGUCUGAGCAGUUUUUGCCAUGAGGCUAUUCUUCAUGGGCGAACUAUGGGCCUGCGUACGGUGUUUACUGACCAUUCGUUGUUCGGCUUCGCCGACGCUGGUUCUAUUCUCACAAACAAACUUUUAAAAUUUACAUUGAGCGAUGUUGACCAUGUCAUUUGCGUAAGCCAUACUUGCAAGGAGAAUACAGUCCUUCGUGCUUCACUCGACCCAUUGAUGGUAUCUGUGAUUCCUAAUGCUGUAGUAGCGGAAAACUUUCGACCUUUAUCGUAUGCACCUGGCGCAAAUGAUCAGAUGUCCAGGAAGGAUUCAGAGGCCGUAGCGGCACCGCGACCUCUAAUAGGCCCAGAUGAUGUUAUUACAAUUGUUGUUAUAUCACGCCUCUUUUACAACAAAGGAACGGACCUCUUAAUCGCGGCUAUACCAAGAAUUCUAUCGUCUCAUCCAAAUGUUCGCUUCGUCAUUGCUGGUUCGGGGCCCAAGGCGAUUGAUUUAGAGCAAAUGCUGGAACGUAAGGUUCUCCAAGACAAAGUUGAGUUUCUUGGGGCAGUUCGCCAUGAGGAAGUUCGUGAUGUAAUGGUGCGGGGACAUAUUUAUCUGCACCCAAGUUUAACCGAAGCCUUUGGAACAGUAAUUGUGGAGGCGGCUAGCUGUGGGCUCUAUGUUGUUUCUACUCGUGUUGGGGGAAUUCCAGAAGUGUUGCCACAGCACAUGACCACGUUUGCUAAACCAGAAGAAGAUGACCUCGUUCAAGCUACUGGGAGGGCAAUUGCAGCUCUCCGCUCAAACAGAGUACGAACUGACAAGUUCCAUGACCAAGUACGUAUGAUGUACUCGUGGACAGAUGUCGCUCGGCGAACUGAACGCGUCUAUAAUGGAAUUUGUGGAGCAAUCAGUGAACAGGAGUUUUACGGCUACUUUCCAGGACAAGGUUGGACCGCUACGAGGGGUCGAAUACACAGCUUCGCUCUUAUCGAUCGAUUGAAGAGAUACUAUGGUUGCGGUAUAUGGGCAGGGAAAUUGUUCUGCCUUUGUGUUGUCAUAGAUUUCCUGCUAUAUGUGUUCCUAGAAAUAUGGUUCCCUCGAAGUAACAUCGAUAUUGCGAGAAGUUGGCCAAGGAAACCAGCAGUCGGAAGUACAUAUGACCCCCGUGAUAUCGACUCAUCCUCCAUCCGUCGAGGCUCCAGGCGCCGCAGGAGUCGACCAAAUGGGAUAUAUUAA